AUGUCGGCAGCGAUUGAGCAACGUAAUCAGGACGCAACGGUCUAUGUGGGCAACUUGGACGAUCGGGUGAGUGAGGAAUUACUAUGGGAAUUGAUGCUUCAAGCUGGAAGUGUCUCGAAUGUACACAUGCCACGGGAUAAAGUCACUGGCUGUCAUCAGAAUUAUGGGUUUGUGGAGUUCCGGUCCGAAGAAUGUGCCGAAUAUGCUGUUAAAGUGUUAAACAUGGUCCAAUUAUAUGGGAAUUUAGACCCGGAAGUCGAUGAAAAGCUGCUCUACGAUACGUUUUCAGCAUUUGGAGGGAUUAUUGAGACCCCAAAAGUCAUGCGGGAUCCCGAAACAAAAGUCUCGAGAGGAUUUGGUUUUGUGAGUUUUGACGCGUUCGAAGCAGCGGAUUUAGCGAUUGAGUGCAUGCAUGGACAGUAUCUAUGCAAUCGUCAAGUCGUGGUGCAAUUUGCUUUCAAGAAAGACAGUCACAAUGAACGUCAUGGAUCCGAAGCGGAACGAUUGAAUGCCACCUCCAUUUGGACAAGGAGGGUACAUGAUGGACAUGGGAAUGGUUCCUCCUCCCCCCCACCCCCACCGCAGAAUGUAGGAAUGGGAAUCACGUAUCCACCACCUCCAGUGGCAAUGAUGGGAGUACCCCCUCCACCUCCACAGAUGAGAUAA